CUGUUGUUUGUGGUGAAAUCCCAUAUUGAGUGGUGAUCUGUUACUUGCCACUGCAUUUCUUUUGCCUAUAGGACAUUAAAUCCUGCCUCAGAACUUGUGUGAAUUUGCAACUUACAAGUUCACCCACUGUAGAGGUUUCAGUGGAUACGGAAAUGAUUCAAGUUUAGUUCCUGAAAAGUAUUUUAGUUAUAUGCAGUUUUUCCAGCUGGCAGUGUGGGCUGGGCCAGCAAAUAUAAAAGUGGUGAGAUUCCUACUUCUGGUUGUUAAUAGUGAGAAGGGCAGACCUCUAAACACAUUUUCACACAGUCCAAUAUACAAGCCCUUUGCUAAGAAAAACAAAUAUUUUUCCCAGACCCAGCAGAAAAUGUUCACCUAUUGAGCAUUACGCUUACAGUAAAUGCUAAAGAAUUAAAGGUAUUCUCAUCAUAUGUGGCCUUUAUUAGAUUGUCAUGAAGAUAGCCUGUAUGCAGUGUUGUAGGUGUGUUGGUCCCAGGAUAUUAGAAAGACAAAGUGAAGGAGGUACUAUCUUUUAUUGGACCAACUUUUGUUGGCGAGAGAAAGAAGCUUUCAAGCCUACACACAGCUUUUCUUCAGAACAUUGGCCAACAGAUACUCCUGGUUUGAACAACAAGGAUUAAGUGAGUCUGAAAAUAUGUGGAUGCUGAUACUGAAGGCUGUCAAUCCAGAUCUAAAACCCACAAGCUGGGAAACAGUGCCCAGUUUACCAGAAUUUUUUGGACAGAAUUCUGAAAAUGAGAAGAACCCACCAAAACCAGAAGUCUUUAAGGUAGGAAUGAAAGAUUUUCAAUGGAUACCUCUCCCAUCUUUCUACAAAGAAAAAGCUCUUAAUAGAAAGAAUCCAAGCUGCUGUCACAUAUCAAAAAGUCAAACUGAGCAUCUAAUGGAAAGAGAGGACCAAGCAGACCAAAACCAGCUAAAUAUUGCUCCUGUAGUUGAGAAAAUAUCCCUUGCAGUUAAUGACAAUCCAGAUGAGAUCAUAAGAAUGAAACACAGCAGAAAAAGUUCUUCAAAACUGAAAGAAAAAGAAAGGACUGAAAAGUAUGAACGUAAUCAAUUUACAGAUUCAAUACUGCAUUCUGUACCAGCAUCUACCCAAAGUCUUGCAAAAGAUUUUUGUCUUCCACAGCUCUGUAAAGGGACUGUGCUGAGUGAAGAGAAAAACAGAAAAGAAAAUGAAAGCAAAGGACAACAGUCAUAUGCACAAAUGUACCAACAUAAUGUUUUAUUAGGUGAGACCAGAUCUACAUCUGCAGAAAUAAAAUCUCCUGUUGACAUCCCCAAAAUGGAAGGUCUUGAGGAAAAGGCUGAGGAUCAGAGAGCAGGAACUUUAACUCUUGACAGUUGUCCGAUGUGUCUAAUCCAGUUUACUGGAAUAUUGUCACAGUUGGACAUUGACAGCCAUCUUGCUAAAUGUUUGUCUGAAAGUGCAGAUGAUGUGAUUUGGUAAAAGAACAAGAAUGAAGAGCCAAGAAGUCAGAUGCUAAGAUAUGAAUCUCUCUAAGAAAAAAGGAAAGUAUAUCAAGAAAAUGUGUCCUGAUAGAAUGUGUAUUAAACUUGUAUAAUUGAAAAACAAAAAAAGGUCAGAAAUACCAUCAGCCUCUAUUCAUUUCCUCUGAACCGCUCUGUGUAUCCAUUGUAUCCCUGAUCCUGCAAAGAGAACUGUGUGGGCAUACUUCUAGAUGGUGUGGAGCCCCACCGAAUGCAUAUCAAAAAAGUACUAUUAUGGCUCCUUGAAGUACAGUAUCUGUUCUCUUUUGCCAGGUAUUUAAAUUGUUAUGCUUUUGAAAGGUAUAGCAGGAAGAGGUUGAUGCAAGAAAUUUUCUUAUAGACUGUUAAUUCUGUAGACUGUUAAUUUGCCUAAUCCAAAUGUCAUUGAAUCCAGUGACUUCAACAGGCUUUGUAUCAGGUUCUAAAUGGUUAACUCUUUGGAAAGUAAAUUGCCUGAUACUUUGGGUACUACAGCAUUUUUUAAUGUCUGUUUAGGCUUUUAAAUUUCAGUUCAUGCUUUAUUUGAAAAAAAGUUUAAAUAAAAAUCUAGCUGGAA